AAAAAUGUAGAUAAAAGAGGAAAAAUUCUCUCUCUUUCAUUUAGUCCAGAAUAUUUUUAUUUAAAUUGCUGAAAAAUUCUCAUCUCUUUUAAAUUUCUCCGUCAUUUCCCUUCAUGCCUACACAUACAAAGGUGUAGUGUGCUAGAAGUAGAAAGUAGAAACUUCAAAACCCUAUACAGUCAUCCCGCGCAAAACCUGCCUGCUCUGUCCUCGCUCUCGACAUCGUUCACCUGAAGAAGCGUCACCGUUACAGUUUCCAUCCCACCGGAUGACUCUUUCCGGUGCUCUCAAGUCAUCUUCAAUCAUCUCCUGGAAAUCCAGCGGGAGGCUUCAACAAACCAUACGGAGAUGCGUGGAGGUGAGCGGGAAGGGUCUCCACUCAGGCAAGGAAUCAACCGUGAAGUUAUGGCCGGAGAUGGCUCAGCAAGGGAGGUACUUUGAUUUCCACUCUAAGUGUUCGAUUCCUGCAUCCAUUGAUUUCGCCCAGCAAAAUUCGCCUCUUUGUACUACACUGUCUGCUGAUCGAUUCAAAGUUCGAACCGUUGAGCACUUGCUAUCUGCUCUCGAGGCUACUCGCAUUGAUAAUUGCAAGAUUCAGGUCUUCAACAACGAUAUCGACUCCAAAGAAGAUUAUUGCGAUUUUGAGGUUCCUAUAUUGGAUGGGUCAGCCCAACAAUGGGUGGAAGCUAUAGAAAAGGCUGGUUUGGUUGUGGCGGUAGAUGAGAGCGGCAAUAGCUGUGAAACAAUGGCGCCUUAUUUGAAUGAACCUGUAUAUGUGUGUAAGAAUGAUUCUUUUGUGGCUGCCAUCCCUUCGCCUAAUGUUCGCCUGACUUAUGGCAUUGAUUUUUCUAAGGCUUGUGCCAUUGGCUGCCAGUGGUUUUCUUUAGCUCCUUUGGAUGAUUCCUCCUAUGCCAAACAAAUAGCUUCAUCAAGAACCUUUUGCAUAUAUGAGGAGGUGGAGCAAAUGCACAGUAUGGGACUCAUUAAAGGGGGGACACUGGAGAAUGCUAUUGUUUGCAGUGCCAGCAAAGGCUGGUUGAAUCCACCACUUCGUUUCCCUGAUGAACCUUGUCGCCAUAAGAUCUUGGAUCUCAUUGGUGACCUUUCCCUGUUUGCACGGCUGGGUAAUCAAGGGCUUCCAGUGGCACAUGUAAUUGCUUACAAGGUUUUCUCUAUCCCUUUUUACUUUUCUUCUCUUUCUUGUUCUGACAGCCAAGUGUUUAUGGAUAUUGCAGUGAUGAAUUGUUAUCCUUUGAUACAUUUGUUAUGUUAAAGCUAUAUUCCUUUUCUUUCCUUUCCCUGUUUUUAGCAGUCAUGAAAACUUUUCUAAUCUUCAGGCUUCUUUUAGACAAGAGGAUAUCACAGUAAUAAUGCAGGUUUUUAAGUUUUAUAUUUUUAACCAAACAAUAGGAAAAUUACUUUUCACCUGUCUAUGUGGGUAAUAUAUGAAAUAAUUAUAGGUUAUCUGGGAUAUUCUAGAGCUACCAAAUUUUGAAAAACCAUCUGCUAAAAAUACUAAAUUGAUUGACAUGGUCCCCUUUGAUGGUUCUUGAUUUAAUAAAAUGGACAAAUAAAAUUUUCAACUGUGCUUGAAGUUGUAGGUGAAGUUGACAUGUUCACCUUUGCAGUACAAAGUGAAAAUAUUCAGUGUGUUUUUGUUGUUGACAGCACAUCACUUGUUUAGUGAUUCUAACUCUCAGUCCUUAAGCAGUAAUCUAGACUUUCCAAGUAUUUCUGGAAGUUUCAUAGAAGCGAUGCCUCGUACCGUGGCUUAUCUACACUGAAAUUUUGACAAAAGCAUGUGAAGUGCAGUUGCUUUUGGUGUGUCGCUGAAAAAGUUUGUCAUUCUGGCAGUUUGAAGUUCCCUUACCUGGUGAAGGAGUGUCAUUUUCUAUCUGACUACUGAAUGCAAUUGAUCUACAUGUUCACAACAUUGUGGCUGUAUCAUGUGAAAGCUCAUGGAGAAAUAGAGACUUUCAUUAUCUGUAGCUCUGUACUACUUUUUCAUAUCGUUAACAAUAACAAUCAUCAUGUGAAAAUGACUAAGACUUUGGUCUAUGUUACUAACUGAAAUAAUAAUGUAUACAGGGUGGUCAUGCACUGCAUGCUGAUUUUGUGCGUCGCCUUAAUGACUCAUUGAAGAAUUAAUUUUGCUGUCCACAAAAAUCAAACCAGUGUGGGCAUCUCUCAUGGAGAAUUUUUACUGAUCGAAACGACACUGGAAGAACGUGAGUUCUAACAAGAAUUAUAGAGAAGCAGCCAGUCAUGCAGCCUGUGGCUAGGGUCUUAUCUGGUUAAGUGCUCAGAAGAAAAAGGGAAACCUCUAUCUAUGCUCUCAUGAUAAUGUGGGACUGGGGUGCCUUAGUGCCAUUGAUUUACCCUUAAUCAUGGUCUUCUUUUAAUCUUUAUUGCAUGAUAUUGGCCUCUGGAACCAAAUAGUUGUAAUGUUAUCCAUAAUCAGAUUUUCGUUUGUGGUAGUGUUGAUGCUUGAAAAAAGGAGUAUGAAAAUUGACAAUGA